UUCUGGCUUUGCUGAUCGUGUUAAUUUUAAAGAACGUGGAAUAUGGGGUAUAUAAAACAAGCUUUGCUGAUUGGAUUCUUCGCUUGGUUGUUGGUGCGUGUUAUUGUCCUAAAUAGUAAACUGCGUAUGAUGGGAUUUGGUGUACCAGUGUUCAACCACAAUCCUGGGCCGUGCAAGAUAAUUCAUGUUAAUGGUUCAGAAGAUAUUGAUGUGCUACCAAAUGGACUCGCUGUUAUUUCAUCAGGAUAUAAAGACUUAAAAAACCCUGAUCAUUUUGACCCGAAAAUGAUGCAGAGUAAAGGGAUGCUCUAUGCUUUUGAUCUCAACAAACCUGACGAGAAACCAACCCCUUUAUCCUACGAGAACUUUGACGACUCGACACUCAUUCCUCACGGAAUUGACUUGUACGUUGAUCCAAAAACUGAAGAAAUCAGCCUCUUCGUUGUAAACCAUGCCUUGGGGAAACAUAGUAUUGAGGUUUUCCAGUUUGACCAAGAGAACAUGGUGCUGAAACAUAGGAAAACCGUUGUUGAUGAAAAGAUAUAUUCUCCGAAUGACGUCGUGGCUGUAGGGCCAGACAGUUUUUAUACAACAAACGAUCGUUACUUUGAGGGCAAUGUUUGGUUGGGAUACGUGGAAGCACUAUAUCCGCUUAAGUUGGGAAAUGUUGUUUUCCACGACGGCACAGGAGCCACGUUUGUUGCAGAUCGCUUUAUUUUUCCGAACGGAAUCAAUAUAGAUGCAAGUGGAAGAUACGUUUUUGUGGCGCUUUCCUUUGAAGCCGAGGUUGUUGUUUUUAAACGUACAGACGAGAAUGAUUUGAUAGAGCUGCAGCGUGUUCAUUUGGGGCUGGCGCCAGAUAAUAUCAAUUUUGAUGAUAAUGGAGAUCUUUGGAUUGGAUUAAGCAACUAUGGAGUAACCGAGUUCGCUUCGAACUAUACCAAACCGUGUCCAGGUGCUGUGCUGCAAGUGAAACUUAGCAAGCAGGAGAAUGACAGAGUUCCUUUCAAAGUCGAUGACAUACGUGAAGUGUUUUCAAAUAGCGGGGAGGGAGAAUUCAAAUGUGUUUCGACUGCGGUGUCCUACCGUGAGAAACUGCUAGUUGGUAAUCCCUUAAGUAACAUGAUGUACUGCGAAGUACUUGUUGUUUAGGUGGAUUUAAAAACACGCCAUAUAUUUGCUGUCAAUCUUAUACGACUAGUAAAUCAACUUUUGCGAGACUUCGCGUAGUUUGUUUUAAAUAUGUCUUAAGCAAGGCUCUGUUUACACGAGAGGCGAGCGUUUAGGUGAAAUUGAACGUUUCAAAUGACAAAAAACCUCCCUCCAUGCGUGUGUCCUGUCUACAAACAGGACCGUAAUGGCUACUAAUGCCUACUAUUAAAUGCCUUGGCAAUACAUGUAAUAACUAAUACUGAAAUCUAUGACUGGAGUCAACCAUACAUCAAGACAUACAUUUGCAAGAAAAGAAUAGUUUGUCUUGUGUUAUAAACUGCAGAAGUGUCGGCAAAUAUACUUGCACAUAGCAGACGCGUCAACAUCCAUCAGCACGAACUACACUAUUGUCAAAGCUCUGUACUAAACGUAGCUAACAGCUGAAAAGAACCUACUUUAAAUACGUUUCUACUAUGCAUCGGACCGAUAAUUAUUUGAGAACGGGCACAUCAAAGCAACAUCAAAUAGACAGCAAAAAAUUAUUGAUCAAAUAUAAAUACAAAAGCGAGAAUAUAACGGAAUAAACUUUCACAAAUUAUUAACACGAGGCAAGCAACUUGUUUACUCGAAUGCAAUUUAAACGGUAAAGGCAUUAAAUUACUCACCAAACGUAAACUGCACACCCCAUGUCGAUAAGUAGCAUGUAAAUCGAUGUUCAAACAAGCCAUUUUAUUAAUAAAAUGUACAAUUGUAUUAUUGUAUUACAAUUUCCUUUGCCUUCUUCCUCGAACUUUUGCCAUGCACAAAUGCAAUGCAUGCCAUGCUUUGCUGUCAAAUUCGCAUGAGAUCUGAUUGGCUAGGCU